AUCGUUUUCCACCACCAGCGUGACGUCGUCGGCCAGACCUUCUCCUGCCAUCACAGGGAAAGGAUCGCUGUCGGAGCUCCAUAUAUUUUAGUGUUUUUUUUUCACGUCCUGGAGGUCAAUCUCUUCGCAAAUUGGCACAUCCGGCCAGCCAGCAGCCCCCGGUGCAGCCCCAGCGGCCUCUCCUCCGCGCUCGCCAUCCCCCGCCCCCUCAAGCCCACUGCAGCUGGUCACACCCCAGGUUUCUUCCCCCGCCAGCCCCCAGCCCCUCACAGGCCCUAGCUCCAAGACACCCAGCACCAGCCCUCGUAGCCCCGUGCGUGUGGUGGUGCGCACCGGCAGGAUGGUGGCGCCCGUGAUGCUUGAGAAGUCCUCCCGGUACUUGGUGAGGAUACCGGGACCUACACCCCUGCCCCCCACCGCUCCUACCCGCCACCUGUCACUGCAGGAGGAGGAAAAGCCAGAGGCAACCACUCCCACCAUGUCUGCCCCUGAGGCGUCCCUCUCUCAAGAGUCUUCACCCCCUCAGGCAAGCCCUACGCCUGACGCCAUCACCACCACCACUGCCACCACAUUGCGGUCCCUGCCGAGUCGGGGCGGGGCAAGGCGGCGAAGGUGCAGCAGUUCCUCCAGCACCAGCAGUACCGUCAGCAGCAACACCCCAUUCCGGUCCCUGCGAGGUGGAGGGGGCAGCGGGGCGGGGUCAGAUAGGUUUGCCAAGCGCAAGGCAUACGAGCUGGACCCCCAGGAGGACCCAGACAUGGAGCGGUGCCGCCUCAAUGCCAUCAAUGCCAGGCGGAAUAGGGAGCUGAAGAAGGCACGAAUGGCGGAGCUGGAGAAGCUGGUGCAGGAAGGGGAUCGGGAGCGGGACAGACUGCUUGGAGAGAACCGGGAGUUGCGGGAGGGCAUGGCCGAGCUGCAGCGGGAAGUGAAGCACCUCACCAACAUCCUCAGGAAUCAGUCGCGCCUCUCACACAUAUUAGACAAGCUGGCGUCUGCGGGUGGCUCAAGGUCAUCACGGCAGGUGGGCAGGGUGCACCCCUGAUCCCCUCACUGGGACAGGGGGCCCCAGCCUCACCGUGCCAGCCUCUGCCCCCUCCAGUCCCCACCAUGCUGCCUGGUCGCCGCAUCUCAUCUUGGGAGAGCAGCGCCCCAGCCUGGCCCUAAAGGUUUGGAGUGGAGAGACCCAGCUUAGUAUGCACUGCCUCCAUAUCCAUAGUCUUCAUUACACCAUUACCUGGUUCUCAUUCACAGAUAUUUCCCUCAGUUCAAGGCAGAUUAUUCAAAGAUGUUUUUGCAUUAAACUUUUGGCUUAAACAUGUAUAUAAAUUAUGAAAGUUCAAUUUGAUAAAGGCUUUUUUGUAAUUUUAAGUUUAAGCUUCUGCACUUCAUCUGAAAAUGAAUGAGGACUAGUUUUUUAAUUUUCAUAUCAUUUUCAGUCUGUUCUAGUCAUAUCCUUACAUUGGUUUUGGAGGUGUAUGAUAAAGCCAUAAAUGUCCCUGAUAGGCUUGCUCCUCUAGCAUUCCUAAAGGUAUUUAUAAUUCCACUGGAUUUAUUGAUCUUGAGUUUUGAGACAGGUUAGAACUGUUAAAGUUUUGUGCUAUGGUAUUUAUACAUGUUCCUUUGUGUUGAAUUCUGCAUGACACUUUUGUUCUCCCACAUAGAUACAGUUGCACUGUUGUGAUUUCCAUUAUUGAUCUUAAAAUGUUAGCUAGAUUAUAAAAUAUCAGGAUAACUUAUUAGGUUACAUAUGUGCCACAGUUGCAUGCUGCUUAGUUGUUGUCAAGAGGAGUCAAGGAAUGUUCACUUCACAGGAACAAAAUAUUUUUUAAAACUACAUUUGUUUUGUUUACAUAUUUACAAGUUUGUGUGCUUUGAUCAGUGGCAUUGAUCAACAUUACCAAUGAUUUGAGAUUUCCAAGUGUUCAGAUCUUGUUAAUAUUUUCAUACUUUGCAGCAUCUCUGUUCAUAAAUCUGAGUCUCAUAACAACCUCUAAAGUUACCCACAUGCCAUUUUGAUGAAACACCAAAUGAUGCUGUGAAUUUUUGACAAGCCAGAAACCAAACACCCUUUUCUUAUUCCUCACUUUUAUGCAGAAUCAAUGAAGCAUGAAACUUGGCCCAUCCCUGUAGUCUGUUGCUACUCCUUAAAAUAAUGAUAUGAUAAAAUACCUCUAAUCCAUCAUAUAUGAAGGGAUAGGUGCCUAGGGAGAAAAAUUAGAACAGUAAAAUUGUGGUCACUUUCUUCUCUCUCAGAUGCUAACCGAAUGUGGGGAACCAUUUAAUGUUUUAAAGCUCUAUUGAUUUCCACUGCAAAUGUUGCAUUCAUUUUGAUACAGAUCUCACUUAAAAUGUAUAUCUUAGAUAUCUAAGUGAAUCAAUAUUAAAUUAUUUAUUCCAGAGAACAGGAUAGAUUUUUAACUGGAAUCAUUAUUAUUUGUUCCAGAGAACAGGAUAGAUUUUCCUGUAGGUCUUAGGUGAAUGAUAAAGCUGUAGGGUCUUAGGUGAACAUUCAAGCUGUAGGGACAUCACAAUGCAAUUUUAUAUUUUUGCUAAAGUGUCACUCACUCUCUCUCUCCUCUUAGUAGCAGGAAUGGCUGGCUGGUUCAUGCCAUGUAAAUAGGCACUUUUCCUCUGGAUAAGUAACAGCUAUCUGCAAAUGCUGAUAGGCAAGAUCUGAACACUGAUAAUUUGAAGGCCUUUGGAGCUGUACACAUAUUCCAUUAGUCUGUUUAGCAGCAGUGCAAUUUUGAGCAUGUCAUGGCUAUCUAUUUGUGACCACACUUCAAGCAUCAUUACUUACCAGAUGGGUAUCAUUUGUUAUACAUUAAAUAAGCAUUGAUGAUUACAUCAGCCUGAUAAAUCUCAAUUUUCUUCUGUACAUGUAUCAUUAGCUCAGUUAAGCCUAGCAGGGACAUUUUAAGCUGGGUCUCAGUGUUUGGAUGGUGGUAGUUCAUUGUGUUAUUUAAGAAGAAUAUAUAUAUUGUAUAUUUUUGUAAAUAAAUACACAAUUGUU